CCUGUCCCUUUAAGAGGCGUAGUGCAGGAAACAGAAAGUAAAUUAGGUUUUCCUGGGGAGUGUUUAUAGCUUCAGCCGUCGUCUCUCAGCAGCAGCACAUAUAUGUUGAUAUUUCUGUUCCCUUUAACUACAAAACUUCUUGUUUUCUGAGUUUUGUGUCUACAAUCUGUGGGGAUGGGGACACAGCUGUAACCUACAGGCCAGAUAAGCAGCAGAAGAGCUCCCCCCUUUUAAAGUCAAGACUACACUUGAAAUGGCAUCCGGUGGAAGUCUCUUAACCGAGGAACACUUAAUGUGUCCCAUCUGCCUUGACGUCUUCAAUAAACCCGUUUCCACUCCAUGCGGACACAACUUCUGCCUGCCCUGUAUCACGUGCUACUGGGACACCACACUUGUCUGCCAAUGUCCAAUCUGCAAGGAAGACUUUCCAAACAGGCCCAACCUUAAGGUCAACAUCUUCAUUGCAGACCUGUUGUCACAGUUCAAGUCUCUUCAUGUCCUGAACGUUCACACCCAAAGGUCAGCAGGUCAGCAGCCGGUCAGCUGUGGCAGCGAGGUGCAGUGUGACAUCUGCAGCGGUCAGGCUGUGAAAUCCUGUCUGGACUGUGUCACUUCGUACUGCGACAGCCAUCUUCAGCCUCAUGACAUCGCUUCUGAGCUAAAGAGACACACGUUGGUUGAGCCUGUGGAGAGUUUGGGGGAAAAGGUGUGCAGGAAGCACCACAGGCUGAUGAUGCUGUUCUGCAGGAAGGAAAACUCUGUGCUUUGCGACCUGUGCGUCGGAUUGCGGCACGCCAACCACGAUGUGGUUUCCGUAAAGAGGGGAUACAACGAUAUGACGUAUCAGGUGGUGAGAAAUGAGGCCAAAGUGCAGCGGAUGAUUCAAGAAAGGAUGCAGAAGGUCCAAAGCACAAAGGAGUCGCUGAUACAAGGCAAGACGGAUACAAAAAAGCUGAUAGAAAAUGGAAGUCGGGAUCUAACGAAGUUGGUUGCUGAGAUUAAGAGGACCCAAGAGGAACUCAUAAAGGUGUUUGAAGAGAAGCAGAAAGCAGCAGAGAACCAAGCAACGGGGUUAAUUACAGACAUGGAGAAAGAGAUUUCUUGUUUGAAGGUGACGGCAAAGAAUCUGGAGGAACUGAAGGAGAUUAAAGACCCAGUCUGUUUUCUCAAGAGGUACCCAAACCAGUCCCUCCUCCCACACACCAUGGACCUGUCCACACACAACUUCAUCAGGCACCUGGAGGUGAAGUACAUGCAUAAGUCUGUGAGAAACUCAAUAUCUCAACUGCAGGACUUGCUGGGUAAACUGAACGAAGAACUCAACAGAUUCUCAAACAGCACAGAUACAUCAAACAAGGCAACGCUCAGGUACAUGCAGCAGUACGGGGAGAACAUCGUGCUGGAUUUUGACACAGCUCACCCCAUGCUCACCUUAUCCGCUGACGGGAAGCAGGUGUGGUACAACAUGGGCACGGGUUUGUGGGGAAACCAGAUCCCAAAACCCAACAUGUUCACUCAGCAUCUCGCCGUUGUGGGGCAGAGAGGAUUUUCCUCACGCAGGUUUUACUUCGAGGUUCACGUGGGCCAAAAGACAGAGUGGUGUCUGGGCGUGGCAUCGGCGUCGCUCCAAAAGAACGGGGCGAUAGUUCGGAGUCCGAACACCGGACUCUGGGCCAUCUGGUUCUUAGUAGACAAGUUUGAAACCUUCAGCUCUCCAGGCGAGGUGGUGUGUACAGGGAAAGUGGAGCAUGUUGGAGUUUUUGUUGACUACAACGGAGGUCAAGUAUCGUUCUUUGACGUGGUCACAGCAGUACACAUUUACUCUUUUACUGAGUGUUUAUUUACCGAGGAGCUGUAUCCGUACUUUAAUCCAUGUGAUAAUGAGUAUGGUUCAAAUCUGGAUCCCAUGAUAAUUGUUCCCGUUUCUUCUGCAGAAUGAACAGAGUAUUUAGAGACCGAUUAAUUGAUUUAGGUUAGAUGGCAAAAACACAAAAUCUUACCACGUAUUUUUGAAAUAGGACAAAACUAACUUACAAGUAACUUUUCAGCAACAUAUAGCAACU